GGCGGCAGAUCAAGGACAUGGAGCGCCUCUUUCGGCAGUACGACGCAGGAAAAGACGGCUUCAUUGACCUGAUGGAGUUGAAGUUGAUGAUGGAGAAGCUGGGGGCGCCGCAGACACACCUGGGAUUAAAGAACAUGAUUAAGGAGGUGGACGAAGAUUUUGACAGCAAACUCAGUUUCCGGGAGUUCCUCCUGAUUUUUCGCAAAGCCGCUGCCGGGGAGUUGGAAGAAGACAGUGGCCUCCACGCCUUAGCCCGCCUGUCCGAGAUCGACGUCUCCACAGAAGGGGUCAAAGGAGCCAAGAGCUUUUUUGAGGCCAAAGUCCAAGCCAUGAACGUCACCAGCCGCUUUGAGGAGGAGAUCAAGGCGGAGCAAGAGGAGAAGCGCCGGCAAGCCGAGGAGAUGAAACAGAGGAAAGCGGCCUUCAAGGAGCUCCAGUCGGCCUUCAAGCAGUGACGGGGGCGGCGCGCUCGGGGGCCAGAGUGAGGCCAGAGGAGUCCCGCUGACAAAACCACUGCGUGUGGCCGAGGGUUGCGAGGGUUCCCCACGUUGCGCCACCUGCGUGUUGAGCAGCCCCUUGAUCUGCAGGUGAGACGGGGUGCUCCGGUACCCUGACAAACUGCAGGUCAAGUUGCCAUUGAAAGCACAGGAGCAGGCUUGGGGAGGGUUUUUCCCGGUCACUUGGCAACCCUCCACAGCGUAUAGGUGGGGACCAAAGCAAAAAAGCACCUCAUCUGCCUCUUCCAUCUGUGAAAACUCUCUCUCGGCCUGGCAUUGUUUUUCCGUCGGCCUGGCUCGGUGUUUUCCCUGUGAGCGGUGUCUGUUGUCCUGUCUGGUGGGCAUUUUCUCAUUUGUUAUGACUGCUUGCCAUGUCCCAAGCUUCGGCUUUUGCCCGUUUGGCUUGUGCAUCGUGUCCGGUCCCAGCCUUAUGGUGUGGUCAUCGCUGUGGUCACGGCUUACAGCUUUGUGGGCAAGGGGGGGGGAGAAAACCCAACAGACCCUCGCUCUGACGAGGGAUAGCCUCGGGGUGGGAAGAUGAGGCUUUUGCCUGUUUGCAAUCGCUUUGAACCAAUCAUGCUUUAACAGAUGCCCUUAAAUUCCCUUUCCUUGAAGCUUUGCCAAAAAAAAAUGGGGUGGGGGGGCGGAGGGUGGUCGGGGAGGGGGCCCUUGAAAAGCUACCAGACGUAGCCCAGAGAAGCAGCCUGGCUGCUGAGGAUCACGCCCGCCCUUGCUCCUGUUUUUCUCCACUUGGUAGUGGCCCCUGAGCCGCUUUAUCGGCCCCCAGGUCUUAAGAAGGAUCACAAGGAAUAGGUCCGUUUCCCUCGCCCUCAGUGCUGUUGACGCUUCUUGGUGGUGUGAGAGCUUGGGAAUAACGCCCUUCAACGUGGCCCAUCGACGUCAACAUUGUCAGUUUCGUGUUAGCGUGAGGAUACCUCAACGGAGGCAUCUAAGGAAUAACCUUUGGAAAGCCCAGUAGGACCCCGCUAUCCACGGGAUCAGUAUCCACAGAUUCACUUACCUGCUAUUAAAUGGAAAAAACCCUCCAGAAAUGCAUAUUUACCUAUGUUUAUAUGUAUUUCCUAUGGUGUCCUUACCAGAGCAGGACACUAGAGGAAGCCAGAGAACCAUGCAGGGUGUAAGCGUCCUUUUCCAUCAUCCACAGCAUUUGUUGGGGACUUGGAACUCAUCCCUUGCGGAUGCCACGGCCUGCUGUACUAUUCUUGCCAUUUUAAUGUUUUUUUAAAUGUAAACAUUAAAAGGCACUCCCUGUUUAAUGCAAAAGUGACACGUUUCACGUUUGCAGGGUUAGUAGAUCCUUUGCCUCGUUUCCAAGCUCCCGGUGGUAUU